AUGUCGGGCCCUUUCCGUGUGGCGCCCGUGGCAUUUGGAAAUGCGGACCCCGAGUGGCGGAACAACCGUGCUCAGGCGCCCCCCGAGCUUGGUAUUGUGGAGGCGGACCCUUACGGAACCUCUAGCUCCAGGAAGUGCGUCUGGGCCAUGAUGCUGGUUUCCAUCCUGCUGAUCUUGCACGUGCAGCGCGACCGAUACAUCGAGGCGCUUCGAUGGCACGGUGGCAUUAUGGACCACGGGCCACCGCUGGCCUGGGAGGUCCAGCCCAUUGUCCUCUCCAAUGACACCUACGAGGCCACCUUCCUGGCACCCUCCCUGCGCCGCGCGUCGACGUUCGUGAAGCUGGAGUCAGGAGCCCCGAUGGCAGUGAACGGCCUGGCCAGCACCGUUUUUUCGGAUGAGAACUUUCAGAUAAACACCACAGCCUCGACGGCCAAGGGGCCCCCUCAGCUGAGUAGCGGUGUGGGGUCCCUGGUCGUUGGCUCUUCCGCGUUGCGAGCUUGCCAUGGACACGGAGGGCCCGCGCCCUGUUUGGUGGCGGUCCAGCGGGCAGCCGGGCUUGCACCGAAAGAGGGACAGGGUCUCACCGCCUGCCAUCGCUUCGUCGCUGGCCACACAGUCGCCUCUCUGGCGCCGCUCACCGGAGCACUCUGCGUGAAGUCAUCGCAGAUCUACGCAGCCAUGGCAACAGCCACGGGCAACCGCUCGGAUGUAGUCCUUGCGUGGGAUCCGCGGGAUUCCCGUGCCAACUCUCGGCCAAACUCUUGCUUGGCCCUGGUUUCAUUCCCAAGCAUGCAAGUCAUGGGAAGCUUGGCGGUAGACCUGGCAUCGGCUGUACUGCACGACAAGGUCACCGGGUCCAUCAUUAUGCUCAGCUUCUCCCCGUCUCAGACGAUCGUUGCAGACCAGUAUCAUGCGGCGACCCUGAAGCCGAUGCUGAGAUACUCCAUACCCAUCUCUGUCGCCUGGCUACUGCAUGCACCGAAGAUGUCAGAUGGCUACCUCCUCUUUCUGGGAUCGGAGGCGCCUUUCGUGGGCUCGAUCUUCGCUGUGGACCUGAGACGGCAGCUGAUCUACCAGCAGGACCCGCCAUCUGCCCCGCACGCACAGCGGCCACGCCGGUGGGUGCUGCCCUACGAGAGCCUAGGCGAAGAGGUGUUCAUAACUUAA